AUGAAGUCAGAGUUUUGUCACGACCUGUCUAAGCCCCUAGCGGCGAACGACACUGUCAUCCUCAUGAUCCACAAUAAGGGCGGUUUCACCGCCAGAAUAGAACCUGGGAAGACCAUUAAAAUCUGCAAGGACACCUUCCCACUCGAUAUGCUGAUAGGAUGCUCCUACGGCGACAUUUUCACCAAGGAGACUGGCUGCUGGAGCAAGAUCCGCCGCAACGAUCCGCAGUACAUGCAGUAUCGCCACCGCGUCCGAGAGGACUACAACGAGGACCAGCCGGAGUCGGUCACCAACAACCGCGACAUCAAUGACGACAAUACCGCCCAGAAGCUGACCUACGACCAGAUCCAGCAGCUCAAAAAAGACAAAACGUCGCACGAGGUCAUCGAGACGAUUGUGGACAACUCCGAGACGUUUGCGAAGAAAAACCGAAUGGCGCAGGAAAAGUACAUACAGCGCAAGGAGGCACGUCACACGAAGCUGUUUUACGUCAGGCCGUGCGACCUGUACAACGUCUGCGACUGCUACUUCAACUCCUUCCCGCACAAAAUAGGGUUCCUCAACUUCGCGAACCUGGGCAUGAUGCUGUACCUGGCCGACAUACGGUACGGGCACAAGGUCAUGGUGCUCGACCACGCACUUGGACUCAUCACCGGGGCAAUAUCGCAGAGGCUGGCUGGUUCUGGAAAAAUAUAUCGCCUGGUUUCUAAGGGUGUCAGCGACAAGAUCGUUCACGAGCUCGGUAUCAAGUACUUCGAUAACAUAUUCUCUAUCGACAUGGAUCGAUACAUCGACAGCGGCGACGCUGUUGAGCUGGAUGAAACGGCGGGCGGCGCACAUGGUACCGCUGGUGCUGACGCCGUCAUGGCUUCGCGUCCCGAUACGAAAAUGGCGGACGAAACCGAAGGCACAUGCCCGCCGAGCGUGCAGGAAGUCUCGGAAAACGGUGAAUCUGUUCCGAAGGACAACGGUGACGAGGUCAUUUCGUGCGAUGCCCAGGACGGAUCUCAGUUGGAGGGCUCCGGGAAACGGACCUGUGUCGCUGAAUACAACUCAGACGACACCUUACGCGGUAUGCACGCAUCAAUAUGUGUUAAUCUCGCGUCAGAUCCGAAAAAGAAGAGGGUGACGCUGCCUGGGAUAUACCCACUCCACAACCCGUCAAGAGACGAGGUCAGCGGCUGCCAGGUCAUCAUCGGCAACAUCGCGUUCAACAAGUGCGACAAGCUGAACAGGGUCGUCGCCGAGUACACCCGAAAGAUGAAGGCGGCUGCCGACAUGUACCUAGAGAUGGGGGGUCGGCUGGUCGUCUUCGGCCAGCAGUACCAGCCAAUGGCCGAGUUGCAGGCGAGCCUUACGCUGAGUGACGAAUAUGUCAACGUAAAGUUCGACGAAAUGUUCAUUCGGCAGUACCAGGUGCGUUCGCGCCCUCAAACGUUAAUUGGUUCCGCAGAUGCUGCCGCUGAGGACGCGGCCGCUAAUGACGCCGGACGUCCGCCCGUGCUGCGGGUUCAUCGUCUCCGCAAUCAAGAGCUCGAAGGACGUGAUUCGCUGAGUUAA